AUGGAGACGCCGCCGCAGGUCCGUAAAAUUCUCGAAAAGAUCGCCGCUAGCACUCCCGAGCCCCUCCGCCUCGCCAUGCGCAUCCACUUCGGCAGCUUGCCCGCUUCCGCCGCCUUCGCGCGCCAAGACGUCCGCUGGUACCUCGCUGCUCUGACUCGGAUUUACGAGCCCGAGGACCUCAUGGAGUUCGAAGAGAUCCCUUUGAGGAUGGAAUCCGCUGCUUGCUAUCUUCUCGAGCAUGAUGAAGAUGCGCAUUUCAUCAAUGCGGCGUCCAACGUGAUCGGCGUCGCGGACGGCGUCGGGGCCUGCCGCGAGAAAGGCGUGGACGCCGCCGCCUUCUCGCGCAAGAUCAUGGAAAACGCCCGCGCCGAGGUGGCUUCCUGCACGCCCGGCACUCACCUCUGCCCAUACGGGCUGCUCGAGCGAGCCUACCUGCGCGCAGUCGCCGCGCGCACUCCGGCCGCCUCCACCGCCGUCAUCCUCUCGCUCGAAGGCAGGUUCCUCAAAUGGGCGUACGUCGGCGACAGCGGCUUCGCCGUGCUGCGCCGCGGCAAGAUCAUCCAGCGCUCGCAACCGCAGCAGAACUACUUCAACUGCCCGUACCAGCUCUCCUCCAACGGCGUAAACAAGGUCAGUGACGCGGCAGUCGGCGAGAUCCGGCUGAAAGUGGGCGACGUCGUGCUCGUCGGAUCCGACGGUCUCUUCGACAACGUGUUCGACUCUGCGCUGGAGCAGUUCGUGCAAAUGGGUGCCGCGCUGAAGCUCUCUGCGCAUUUCCUGGCCAGCGUCAUUGCAGGAUUUGCUUACAAGAAGGCCAGGAGCUCUCAGGAGUCGCCCUUCAGCGUCGACUGCAGGGAACGGACCGGGGUGACCAUCAAUGGAGGGAAAAAGGACGACAUCACUGUCAUCGUCGGCUACGUCGUCGAGUAG